UGUCAUUGACACGUCUAUUAUAAAAGCAUAAGUGAAGUGUGUUGUCAUAUGGUAUUCUACACAACGAGAAAACUAUCGUGCAAUCAAACGAUUUGCGUAAUUGUUUGUUGGCGCCCAUCAAUGCAAGAUAAUCAUUUAUAGUCCUUAGGAUUAGUGAAAGUGAUAUGAAUAAGCAAUUCUUUCCCAAACGCUUGAAGCAAUAAAAAUAAUCCGAGUUAAGUAUUACGCCAUCUAGUCUUAAUACGUAACACUCGGAGUAAUCUCCAAAAAGUCAUCGCACGCAUUCAACGUGCUUCACUGAUAGUAAGUGGGUUACCAAUGCGAAGCUUCUGCUAGCUGAUGUUAUCAACGCGCUUUAGUCUUCAUUUAGCAACAGACAGUCUCCAAUUCAUCCGACUAAUCCAUACGAACUAGGAAAUCCUCUUUUUUCGCAAUCUAACAGUCGUAAUCUGGUUUAAGAGCAACCUACACCGUCCCACUAGUCUAGUCACAACGCGCACCCCGUGCCCUGGUUGCGAAUACAGUCAAGAAUCUGCCCGACUGCCUUGCCUCGAAUACUUACAAACCCCGCACCCGAAUCCGUAUCAAGUAACAAAAAGUAUGUUUAUAAAACACCCUGAAAACUCACGCCAACCUAUCAGUGUGAUUCUACCAUCGAAAGAGCUAGCAUCCAGCUCAGUUGCUCGGAGCGCUACCUGUCGGUUGAACUCAAUUUUAAGGUGAAACACAACAAACUGCAGUGCACAAUGUCUACGGUGGACACGCAGAUCCCCGUGCGCGUUGAGGUGGAGGAUGCAACGAGCGUUCCUGUUGUUAGCGAGCAACAGAAUGCUACCAGCUUCCUGCAGCUGGCGAUGACGGCGCUAAGGCUCAGUACGACCCCUAGCGGCGAUCGUAAUAACAACCUACGGUACAGAAAACAAAUUACACUGGAUGAGGUGUCUUAUCACGACACACCCAACGACUGCUGGAUUGUGCUGUUUGAUCGGGUGUACGACAUCACUAGUUUUCUAGAGCUGCAUCCAGGUGGCCAUGAUGUACUGCUAGAGCACGCCGGUCGGGAUGCUACGAUUGCUUUCAACGGUAGCGGGCACUCGAAGGCAGCCUACGCAUCGUUGAAAAUGUACGAAAUUGGGGAGCUACCACAGAAGGAGUGCAUUUAUAGAUGCCCCGGUAAGCUGACCGCUUCCCUUCUUCCUGACUAAAGAAGACUGAUUUUCACAAGCGAAGGAAAACUCAAGGACACUAAUUUCACACUUAGCUGCAGACAGGGUCUGUUGGUAACAAAGCUUUAAACUUCUACCAAUAUGUCGUAACAUCAGGAAUGCAUAAUACUAUUCUACGACAGAAACGGUGGAAUACUUGAGGGUGAUUGGCACUCGAUGUCCAAUAGAUUAAUGACUCCCUAAUUGUAAGACUAUUUAUACCGUAAUUUAAUCGUAGUUUUUCUAUUA